AUGAUGGCGUCGUCCGUGCCCCUUCCUCCUCCCCUUCCCGCCGACCGUACGCUCGGUCAGAAACCGAGUAUAUGGGUUUCCAUCGGCCAGAAAAUUGCAAAAUACAAACCACUUAACCUGGGACAGGGGCCCGAAUCCGGUAAAUUGCGACCGGGCGUAACGCGCGCCGAUGUUGAUCUCGUAGAUUUUCGCAAAACGACCAGCAUCUGCCUGCGUAACCAGUUUUUACUGAUGUUUAAACAGGGCCAGGUCGCUCUUGUCGAGGCGCUCUCCAAAGUCUACACACCCCUCACUCGCCAUAACGAGGCUGUUUCUGGACCUUGUCCGUCGCAUCUGAAGGCCACCACUUUCUCUGCAUCGCGCGAAAUCAAUCCUCUGACCGAGAUCCUCAUCUCUGUCGGUGCCUAUGGAUGCCUUUCCACCGCAUUCUUUGCUGUUGUCGACCGUGGAGACGAAGUGAUAAUUAUUGAGCCGUCCUUCGACUGCUACACUCCUAUGACACUAGCUGUCGGCGGAAUACCCGUCUACACGGCAUUACAGCCUCCCAAGACUCUUGGUCAGUGUUCAAGUAGUGAUUGGAGCCUGGAUUUUGCCGAUCUCGAAUCAAAGAUUACGAAGAAGACGAAGGUCAUCGUCAUCAACACUCCAAAUAAUCCGCUCGGAAAGGUAGACCCUCACAGUUUGAAAUAA